UGGUCGUGUUUCUCGCUGCCUUUAACACGUCCAUUGACAAUGUUCCUUCUCACUGUUACUGACACCCAGACCGACACUGACUGCAGCAGGUGGGUCAGAGAUUCACACUCCCUUCCCGGUGAGGGACAAGAGACCGUCCUCAGACUGUCCCAGUGAGAAGGAAAGAAAUACCAUUGUGAGAUUGUCCUCCCCUGCCCUUCCCCGUGUGUGACUAUCACCAUCACUCCACCUGUGUGACUGUGCUCACUACCAGAUACCCAGACCCCAUGGACAAAUCUUCUCUCCCGACUGUGGGCCUCAGUUCAGACCCACCUCUUCCAUGCAAUCUUUUUCUGUAUCCUCUCGUCUUGUAGGAUUAACUUUUCACAUCCUCCUUCCUCCUGUGGGAUCUCUCUUCCAAUCGAGUUUUCCUCAGGUGCGGUCUCUUCCACCAUUCCCAUCGACAGUCUCCCAGUCAUAAAUUUUCCACACUGUGGGACUUUCUUCCAUCAUUCCUCCCUGCUGCUUCUGAUGCUCUCAGGCCAAUAACACUUCUCUAACCGUCAGAAAUGAGACAGAAUAUGUGUAUUUUACAGGAUUACACCAACAGAUUAAAUUACUGAUACUCGGUGAAUACCCUGGAGCUGGGCAGAGAGGGACGUUGACAGUGAUGGGAACACUGAUCAGUGAUUUACUGAAGGCAAUCUGUCUGUUUGUGUUUAGACUUGCGGGGAAUGAACUGGGAGAUUCAGGAGUGAAACUGGUGUCUGUGGCUCUGAGUAACCCGGAGUGUAAAAUACAGAGACUGGGGUUGGACAAUAUCGAUCUCACAGUUUCUGGUGCCGAGAAUCUUGCCUCUGCUCUCAAAACAAACCGAUCACUGAUGGAUCUGUACAUGGGUCAUAAUAAACUGGGAGAUUCAGGAGUAAAACAGGUGUUUGUGGCUCUGAGGAACCCGGAGUGUAAAAUACAGAAACUGGGGCUGAGAGAUAACAGUCUCACAGAUUCUGGUGUCGAGGAUCUCGUCGCCGCUCUCAGUACAAACCCAUCACUGACGGAGCUGGACCUGAGUGAAAAUAAACUGGGAGAUUCAGGAGUGAAACUGGUUUCUGCGGCUCUGAGGAACCCAGAGUGUAAAAUACAGAAACUGCUUCUGUACAAUGUCGGUCUCAGGGAUUCUGGCGCCGAGGAUCUCGCCUUCGCUCUCAUUACAAACUCAUCACAAACAGGUGCUGGACCUGGGAUUAAACUCGCUCACAGACAGAUCUGUCCCGGCUCUCCGCCGCGUCAUACUGACCCUCCCGAGUCUGGGGCGGAUCGGGCUGCACUGGAAUCGGUACAGUCCAACAGGAGAGAGGGAACUGAGAUCUCUGCAGGAACCCAGACCAGGACUGAGAGUUGAGUUGUGAAGAUCUGAAUGUGUGAACAUCCCUGCUCGCUGGAUGAGGACAUGUUGGCCGAUUUCCUGCAAUACACGUUUAAUUUCUAACUGUUCUAACAGAUCCUGGCUUCAGCCGAGCUCUCUGUGAUCUCAGAGGCAGUGCCGCAGUGACAUGAUUCCGUGUCCUAUCUAGUUCAAACAUUCCUUAAUUUACAUUUGUCAUGAUGAAAUCAAUAAACUGCUGUAACUUCCUGCAUUGGUGUCGGACCUGAGUCUCACUA